GGCCGCUCACAAAACCAACACCGACCGUANCGACCCAUAUGGGGACUGGCAGAUCCCAUGCCUCGUGUUGUGCGGCGUGGUAUGAAACCGAUGCAGACCGACAGACCAAGGCCAGGCGAUGUGAAUGAAGAUGUGCUACAACCUACUGAUUCACAGAUGGAGCAAGGCAUUGGUCCGAGAUUGGAUCUGAAUAAGAUUCAUAAGAACAUCCAUGACGCGACGAAAGAUAGAGAACGCAAGUAUGCUGAGAAACAUGGCAAGAAAUUCGAGCCACCUUCGGAGAUGGGCCAGGAGUCUCAUACCCAGCCGAUCAGAGUUCUGCAGCAGCCUGGACCUCCACAAGAGGUAGAUGAGGAUAUCGGAUCAAGACCAUUGCCUGGCCAACUCGAAUCAGAACGACACCAUCAGGAUUCUAACGAAGUCGACGACAAAACAGAGAAUGGAGAGACAACUGACGAAGAUGUGGACGCCACGCACGGUCAAGGAGAAGAUGACCACGUGUCAUUGAACAAGACUCAUGAAGAGUUACAUAACCAUCACACGUUAUGGGCAGUUAUCCGGACCAAGCUAUGCGAACCUCUUGCAGAAAAUCUUGCCGUGCUCGUCCUGAUGACGAUUGGUAUCUGUGCCAACAUUGCACACAAUAUUGCCAACAAAGGCUCCAAUGAUUCUAUGGCGUGGUCAUGGGGAUUUGGUACGAUGACUGGCAUCUACAUCAGUGGAGGUGUGUCUGGAGGACAUCUNAAUCCGGCAAUCACCAUCAUGCUCUACGUCUUCCGUGGCUUCCCGAAGAAAAGAAUUCCUGUGUACAUCGUCGCACAGUUGCUUGGAGCAUACAUUGGCUCACUCGUUGCUUAUGGUAUCUAUCGGAACUGCAUACUCAAUCACAUGGAGUCCAACCCGGAGCAAAUAACACAGGUCUAUAACUCAUUUGUCACAAACCGCGUGGAAGGCGUAGCCGAUGCUGCCUCAGGCUUUCUGACUGAGUUUGUUGCUGCAGCAUUUAUCGGUGUUGUUGUAUUGGCUCUGGGUGACGACAGUAAUGCACCACCUGGAGCAGGGACGAAUGCGUUCAUCUUCGGUCUGGUCAAUAGCAUCAUGGUCAUGGCNUUUUCUGCCAGUACUGGUGCUGCGCUCAACCCUGCUCGCGACAUGGGGUCUCGCUUGGCCUUGAUCACGGUUGGCUUCAAUAGACAUGACUUGUUUGGAGACGGCUGGUGGGUUUACGGAGCGUGGCGUGCCUCAAUCAGCGGAGUAAUUGUCGGCGCGAUCCUUUACGAUACUGCAAUCUUCGUAGGAGGAGAGAGCCCAAUCAACUACCCCAAAGAUAGUGUUAAACGAGCUGGGAGUAAGGCCAAAGCAAGGUGGAGGCAUAGGUUCAAGCGCAGGGAGAGAUAG